UGCGCGCGGACGGGGGCGCGCAAGCCCUGCCCGCCCCUUCCGUCCCCCCCUCCUCCCCUUCCUCUCCCCACCUUCCUUUCCCUCCAGCACCCCGCGCCGGGCGCCCACCCAGUCAGCCCUCGGUGAGAGCGCUGUCCGCGGCCGCGGCCGGAGCGGGCCGGCAGGCCGGGGGAUGGCGCUGCUGGACCUGGCCCUGGAGGGAAUGGCCGUCUUCGGGUUCAUCCUCUUUUUGGUGCUGUGGCUGAUGCAUUUCAUGGCCAUCAUCUACACCCGGUUACACCUCAACAAGAAGGCGACAGAUAAACAGCCAUAUAGUAAGCUCCCAGGUGUCUCUCUUCUGAAACCACUGAAAGGAGUAGAUCCUAACCUAAUCAACAACUUGGAAACGUUCUUUGAGUUGGAUUAUCCCAAAUAUGAAGUACUCCUUUGUGUACAAGAUCAUGAUGAUCCAGCCAUUGAUGUAUGUAAGAAACUUCUUGGAAAAUACCCUAAUGUGGAUGCUCGAUUGUUCAUAGGUGGUAAAAAGGUUGGCAUUAACCCUAAAAUUAAUAAUUUAAUGCCAGGAUAUGAAGUUGCAAAGUAUGAUCUUAUAUGGAUUUGUGAUAGUGGAAUAAGAGUAAUUCCAGACACUCUUACAGACAUGGUUAAUCAAAUGACGGAGAAAGUAGGCUUGGUUCAUGGGCUGCCUUAUGUAGCAGACAGACAGGGCUUUGCUGCCACAUUAGAACAGGUGUAUUUUGGAACUUCACACCCAAGGUCCUAUAUCUCUGCCAAUGUAACUGGUUUCAAAUGUGUGACAGGAAUGUCUUGCUUAAUGAGAAAGGAUGUAUUAGAUCAAGCAGGAGGGCUUAUAGCUUUUGCCCAAUACAUUGCUGAAGAUUACUUCAUGGCCAAAGCGAUAGCUGACCGAGGUUGGAGAUUUGCAAUGUCCACUCAAGUUGCAAUGCAAAACUCUGGCUCAUACUCAAUUUCUCAGUUCCAAUCCAGAAUGAUCAGGUGGACCAAAUUACGAAUUAACAUGCUUCCUGCUACAAUAAUUUGUGAGCCAAUUUCUGAAUGCUUUGUUGCCAGUUUAAUUAUUGGAUGGGCAGCCCACCAUGUGUUCAGAUGGGAUAUUAUGGUAUUUUUCAUGUGUCAUUGCCUGGCAUGGUUUAUAUUUGACUACAUUCAACUCAGGGGCGUCCAGGGUGGUGCACUGUGUUUUUCAAAACUUGAUUAUGCUGUAGCGUGGUUCAUCCGUGAAUCCAUGACAAUAUACAUCUUCUUGUCGGCAUUAUGGGACCCUACUAUAAGCUGGAGAACUGGUCGCUACAGGUUGCGCUGUGGAGGCACAGCGGAGGAAAUCCUAGAUGUAUAACCACAGCUCUGUGACUGUAUAUAAAGGAAAAAGGAGAAGUAUUAUAAAUUAUGUUUAUAUAAAUGCUUUUAAAGAUCUA